AGAAACUGGACAUUCACUGGAAGGCAACCUGUAAGGAUUAACACAGGUUCACUAACCUACUAUCCUUAUUACUGAAGACUGAAGACAGACUGAUUAAAUUGGAUAUUGGAAGUUCGCUUAUUCUAUGAACGGUCUGCUUCAAAUAUGUGCGGUUCGUGCAGAUGUGUUGGGCUCGUGCGUCAACUGAAAGCUUCUUGUAAAGCAAAUUUUUGUGGACUCUCAGACCAAACAAACAGCUAGUUAUUCCCCAUUUUUUUCACUUGGUUCACUAUUCUCAUCACGUUUAACGUCACUUUUGGGUGAUAGUUAUGGACGUCAGUGCCGAUAAAUCACCAUUAAUUCAGUCUGAAGAGACUUCAAACAAAUCCAGUUUUCCUUCUAUUACAGUUGUCAAACCAAAACAUCCAAGACGCUAUAAACUUUUACCAAAAGAUAAACUCCGUUUCCCUAAAAAUGAUACUUCAAAUCAAUUUUGGCGUAUAAAUGACUAUACAAAACAUAUGCCUCUUAUCAAUGUAAAUUGUGAUGACGAUAGUGAAGAGUUUGACGGCGCAUUGUUCCAAAAAGUUGCCAAUAAAGGCUUGUGUGAUUAUUUAAAAAAUGAUCGACUAAUUCAUAAUCGAUCAAAUUUAACAAAUACCGAUAACUAUGAUGAUUGGGAUUUGCAUCUUUCAACACCUGUUCAACGCAGAACACAAAUUUGUUGUCCAUUCAGUUGUACAUUAUCAUGAAUUUUAGAAGAUAAUGCUUUGAAGAUUUCUAUCUCUCUAAUUUAUUAGUUCUUAUUAUUUUGUGUUAAUAAUAAUAAUAAUAAUGCAUUUUUAAGU